AUGAUUGAAGUUUUUCACAAUUUCCAAGAAGAAACCAUUCCCGUACAAACAAACGUGAAUAUUUUUAUUGCUUGUUUUACGAGCAGCUACGCCCGUUUGAAACUGUAUGAUGCCUUAGACACUCUACAAGAAAGAGUGUUAUACAUGGACACUGAUUCAGUCAUCUAUAUACAGAAGCCUGGUGAAUCUUCUAUCCCAACCGGAAAUUAUCUCGGACAGUACACCAACAAACUAGAUGAAGGUGACCAUAUUGUGGAGUUCGUGGCUGCAGGGCCAAAGAAUUAUGCUUUCAAUACCAAGCAGGGAAAGCAAACAUGCAAAGUCAGGGGAUUCACACUCAAUGUGCGUGGUCAGAACAUACUCCAUUUUGCAAGUAUGAAAGAAUUGAUACUAAAUGAAGUACUAAGUGAAGAAGAUGAGGAGGAAUGUAUAUUGACACUCGACAAUCCGCACAAAAUUACCAGAUGUGGCACGUCCAAAACCAUAAAAACCAUUUCCCAAAACAAGAAAUAUAAACUUGUUUUUGACAAACGCGUCAUCAAUAACACCUUUCAAUCAUUCCCAUAUGGAUAUUAA